AAAAAGUAUUAAAAACAGCAUUUUAGUCAAUAAAUCAGGAGAAAUUAAUCAAAAAAUCUUCCAAAAUGGAUCAAAACGACGCCGUUUUAGUGUGUGCCGCAACAAUUGAAUGGCUAAAUCCACAAGCAAUCGUCAUACGGAAGGUAAACCUGAAAUUAGCUAGUCUCAGAUUGAUUCGGAACGACAUCCGACAAUUGUACAUCGAAAUAACUGCGGAUAAAACUGCUGCGAUUAAGUUAAAUUUGCGCGGAAUCAAUGUUCACAAGAAAUACAUGACGGAAGGCAAGGCAAGCAUCAAAUUUGUGCAAGAUAAUUGUACUUUGUAUCUCUCGAAUGCUCCUCCGGGAGUACUUGUGGUCUUUUUGAAGACACUUUUUAUCAAGAUGACGGCUGAUAAAGAGAAAAAUGUCACAGAAAAAGACGUUCAAAAGAAACUUCGAGCUCAUUUUCUGUCAGAAAAACCAUCCGCCUUUGAAGAUAUCAGUCCCGUAACGAGCAGCGAACUCAUGAGAGCGAAAAAACUCGCCUUAUCUCAAUCAACGUUGACAACUCCGAGUCCUCCGCAAGCGAAAAAACGUCGAAUGGGCGACAACAAAGACCUCAAAGGACCUCCGCCGAAGAAACUUUACUCGUCCGAUGCGAAAUCUUCGACUUCGUCUCCGGUUCGUGUCGUCGAAAAGCUCAGCGAAGAACAAGAAGAAGUCCUACAAGCUUGUUUACGCGGGAAAAAUGUAUUUUUCACGGGAUCCGCUGGCACGGGAAAAAGUUUCUUAUUACGAAAAAUUAUCGCAACCUUCCCUCCUGAUGGAACAAUGGCAACAGCAUCUACGGGAGUUGCUGCUUGUUUGAUCGGAGGCACCACUUUACACUCUUUCGCGGGAAUCGGAAGCGGCGAAGGCAGUUUACAGCGUUGUUAUGACUUGGCUUCGCGCGGCUCGGCAGCAACGGUUUGGCGAAAAACCAAAAGAUUGAUAAUCGACGAAAUUUCCAUGGUCGAUGGGGAGUAUUUCGAGAAAAUUGAGGCUGUGGCACGAUACAUUCGGAAAAAUGACAAACCCUUUGGCGGAAUUCAGCUUAUUUUGUGCGGAGAUUUCUUACAAUUGCCGCCAGUUGUGAAGCAAACCGCUUCGCAAGGUAGCGGCUCGAACCUGAAGCGGUUUUGUUUCCAAUCAAAAGCGUGGGAAACUUGCAUGGAUGUCAGUUUCGAGUUGAAACAAGUGCAUCGUCAAAAGGAUUCUGAAUUUGUACGGAUUUUAAAUAGCAUCCGGAUUGGUAGAGUAACUCCUGAAAUCACAAAACGGCUUAUCGAGACAGGAAGACAAAAAGUUGAAACCGAUGGGAUUUUGGCGACUCAACUUUGCUCGCAUACAAACGACGCCGACUUGAUCAAUCAAAGCAAACUGAACAAUCUUGAGGCGACUGAGAAGAUCUUCAAUGCUCAAGAUAGCGAUCAGUCUUAUACGAAACAAUUAGAUCAACAAGUCCCAGCUCCCGGCAAACUUGUGUUGAAAAUUGGAGCUCAAGUGAUGCUUUUAAAAAACAUCAAUGUCUCCGAAGGACUUGUCAAUGGAGCUCGAGGGGUAGUUGUCAAAUACACUGAUGGCCUUCCUUUGGUAAAGUUCAAGAACAACCGCGAAUAUCUCGCAAAAGCAGAAAAAUGGACAAUGAAGACAGCUUCAGGGAUGCUAAUUGCUCGGAAGCAAGUCCCAUUGAAACUGGCUUGGGCUUUUUCCAUUCACAAAUCUCAAGGCUUGACUUUAGAUUGCGUCGAAAUGUCUCUCUCGAAGGUCUUUGAAGCAGGACAAGCUUAUGUUGCCUUGUCACGAGCUCAAAGCUUAGAUUCUCUUCGAGUUCUUGACUUUGAUUCAAAACAAGUUUGGGCAAACCCCGAUGUUCUAAAGUAUUAUCAGCAAUUCCGACGACAACUUUACAACAUAACGUACAUCCCACUUGGCAAUAAGGAGAAUGCGAAAAGUAACUCUGGCAAUAAACAAGGGAUGAAACGUGCAAUGUCGGGUACGAAGCUCACGAAAAGCUUGAUGAGUAAACCGCUUGUCACUAUUUCAUAAAAUGAUGAGUCACAGACUGAAUAUUUAGUUCUAAAACUUAAAUGGAUGAUGAUUACCUCUAGAUUUAAAAUGACUUAUUUAUGGAUUUUCACAAGACUCUCAAUAAAUUUACAUUUUUUCCUCUUAAA